GAUAACUUUCGAAUUGGAAGAUUAUCGGAAACAUACUCUGUUCCUCCUCCUCCUCUGCUCCUUUUCACAAGGUGCUCUGUAUUUAAGCAUAUUACAACGUGUAUGUGCGUGUUAAGGUUAGAAAUAGUGGAGAAUAUAUCCGAGAGAAAGAGACAAUAACAUUGAUGGGUUGGUGUUGAUGGAGAAGAAUAAUCAAGGGAGACAACAAAGUUCGGUUUUUUCUGAACUGGGUAGAGAGAGGGAGAUGUCUGUCAUGGUGUCUGCUCUCACGCACGUGGUGGCCGGAGAUGUUCCUGGUGAGUCGGAUAUUGGUUCGACAUCAAGUGAUGGUUCUGAUGUUGGAGAGAAGAGAGGAAGAGAAGAGGAAGGUGGCGUUGGUGGAGCGGAAAUGUCUAGAAUGAUGUCAAGGCUUUCUAGAGUUUCCGGUGAUGGAGGUUCGUCAUCUUCUGCUGUUAGAGCAGGUACUGAAACUUCAAGCAUGAUGAGCACAAGAACAACAACAGCAGCACCAACAACAACAGCAUUCACUCCAGUGUAUGAAUACAAUGAGAACAACAAACAAGAGCCAAGGAGAAAAUACAGGGGAGUGAGGCAGAGGCCUUGGGGAAAAUGGGCAGCAGAAAUUAGAGACCCUUUCAAGGCAGCCAGAGUAUGGUUAGGCACAUUUGAAACAGCAGAGGCAGCGGCCAGAGCCUACGACGAGGCCGCCUUACGCUUCAGAGGCAACAAGGCCAAGCUCAACUUCCCGGAAAACGUCAUGCUCCGCCCCUCCGUUGCACCCCAAUUGCGCAUUUCUGAUCCUCCAAGGACCCUUUUGCCCCUUUCUUCAACAGCUGAGCCAAUAGUCCAUCAUCAGUCCUCUCAAGCUUUUCCACAAAAUUUUGAGGUUUCAAGGGACUUGGGGAGCUAUCCUCAGUGGAUUUUGGGGUCUGGAGAUAUUCAAGGGCAGCAGCCAAAUCCAAUGAAUGUAUAUGGACAUAAUACACCAUUCACAUCAUCAUCUUCAGUGGCUACACAAUUUCAGUCGUCUACUUCUUCUGUUCUAUCUUCCAGUUCUCCACUCUCAUCAUCUUCUUCACCACCUCCAACCAAUUUUCCUACAUAUUUUUCGGAUCCAGCACCGGAAAAUUUGUUUAUAGGGUCAGGACAGAGGUCUGAUGUGGAUUUUCCAAUACCACCCUGGUCAGAUUCCAGUCAUUAUACUUCUAAAUCUGGAUAAAUUGAUCAGGUGGACUAGUGGACUACUUCAUCUCUAUUUGUUUUUGCGUCUCUAUACAUUGUUUUCUUAGUUAGCUCCUUAUUCAAAGUUACCGGUCUUUGAAUUUGUCCAAUGAUCCAAAAAUAGAUUGUAUACUCAUUAUUCAAAGUUACUGGUCUUUUAGAUUAGUCCAAUGAUCCAAACAUAGAUUGUAUACAAGUCAGCAGCUUAUUAUAGCACUGUUACUUUUUUUUGGAGUCUCAUUGACUGGAAUUUAGUUUGUUCUUUGCCUCUUUGCUUUGAUAGAGGAUCAUUCCCUACUUUUAAAAGGACAUUCUAGACGUUGAAGCAAAGGAACCCCUUGAAAAGUUGCAAUCUAAACCAAGAAGCAAGAAAGUUCCUGCUAGUUUCCAGA